AUGAUUGCUCAAAGGGUGGGACUGUCGGCUCUCCGACGAGGAGCGGCUAUCCGACCCAACGUCUCCUUCACGCAGAACGUGCCCAGGCUCGCCGUUGCGUCUCGCCUCUCCACCUCCACGCCAUCUCGCGCCGCCAUCGUGACCGAGAAGCUCACCCCCGACCAAGAAGAAGCCCUCCUCGUCGCCCAGCGCAAGAUCCGCCCCGUCUCCCCCCACCUCCAAAUCUACCGCCCCGAGCAGACCUGGUUCGGCGCCUCCAUCUGGACCCGUAUCACCGGAAGCGCCCUCGCCGGUGCCCUCUACGGCUACAGCAUCGUCUACCUCGCCUCCCCUCUCCUCGGCUGGCACAUCGAGUCCUCGGCCCUCGUUGAGGCCUUCGCCGGCCUCGGCGUCUUCACCAAGGGUACCCUCAAGUCCAUCAUCGCGUGGCCUUUCGUCUAUCACCUCUUCAACGGCAUCAGGCAUCUUACGUACGAUAUGGCGUGGGGCUUCGCUAAGCCUACUAUUUCGAAGUGGGCGACCAUCUUGACUGCUUCGUCGGUCGUUACGGCUCUUGGCCUCGGAUUCUUGUGGUAA